GCCGCCUAUGCUCAUGGAGUUUGAGGCCGCGUUUGGCCUUCUUCUUUCUCUGCCCUCAUCUUCCUCACACGGAAAGAUGGAGGGCGUGCCACUCCCCCUUAUUUGUUUCUUCUGCACAUGCUCAGUGCGCUCGCUGGCCCCACAGCGUUCCCUGCUGGCUCGCAUCCAUGGCAACCUGCUUAGUAGCCGGAAAUCAGUUGGCCUGAAGCCCUGGGCCCCAACGGUCAGAAGGGGCCCUGAGGCGGAGGUGGUGGUCAGGAGUGUGAGGCUGUGGGUGAUUCUUCGCACUCCAUGGACUCCCCGGGGCCAGGAGCACCUGUGCCCAAAUACUGCAGUGUGGCCACCAUUCUGCAGGCUCCUGGCUGGGACUGUGCUGCGCACCCCUGGGACUUCACCUUCACCUGCCCCUGUGCCCUCCCGGCACCCUGGCUCAGCAGGCACAGCCUUCUCAGGAGGUGUGCCUCCUGUCACCCAUGUAUCCACAUUGCUGACCCAGAAUGGCAGCAGCCGGACCGCCUGGCAAAAGCUGGAGAUACGGGUGAUCGGGUCCUGGCCAGGAGGGAACCAGAUGGCUUCUAUUACUGGGCUCAGAUAAAGGCUGCUCCAGAGCUGCAGCAGGGCACUCUGCUUGUGGAAUUUGAAGUUCCCCUUGUCACAGACCCAAAGCUGCCAGCCCCGUGGCUGAGUGUGGUCUCAGAAGAAGACGUGAUUCUGCUCCCGUCUGUGGAAUGCACUCUGCGGACUGGAGAUAAGGUGCUGGCACCGUGGGGGCCCAAGCAGCAGCGAUAUGGCCCUGGCACCAUUCUGCUGGGCUUGGAGAGGACAGAUGCCCAGAGUGCAGCAAAGGAAGAAAUUGCUGUUCUCUUCUGGAAUGGCAUGACAGCUAAAGUGCCUCGAGAUGGGCUCAGACCAGUGUCCCCAGCUGUCUGGAAGAAGGCUGUGGAGCGGCUGCACCCCCGGCCCCUGCUCUGGACCCCCUGCUGUUCUCUGCUGGGGCCAGCCACCGGAUAUAGCACCAGUGGAUUUCCUCUGGGCACACAGGCCCACUGUCCUGCCAGCCCCCCUCACACCUGCUGCCAGUUGCUGUGCCAGGGUGGCCUCUGCUGCUCACCUCUGGGCAGCCCCACCUGGUGGCCUCUAACCAGACGCUCAGAGGCCACAACCAGAGAACUUGCGGAGUCUGAGCUCAUGUCUGCCACCCAGCUGUUGCCCCUGGGCAGUCCUAAAGAGAAGACGGCAGCAGUGCGGGUUCCAGUCGCAGCUUCUUCCUCCUCGUCUUCCUUGUCCUCCUCUUCCUCCUCCUCUACUGAAGAAGAAGAUUUACAUGUGGAUUUGGAGAUGUCCCUUCCCCAGACCGUGAUGGUUAACAGUGCAGUCAACACGGAGCCUGUCUUCCUCGAGAAGCCUAGGAAGCAGGCCGCCCUCUGCCAGCCCGAGUGGAGGUACUGGAGGAGACGUGGCCCUGAGCCACGGCCUGGGAAGCCAGGAGCAAGAUCUUGCAACAUCCAGCAGAAAGAGGACAAUAAACAGCAUAGAGUGCAAACUGUAGUGAUGGGGACUGCCAAGGAGCUGACCCGGAGAGCCCUUCAUGUGAAGCCAUCACAGAUCCUGCCGGAGGAAGCUGCACCCAGAAGGCCAAGUGAAGGAACACAUCACAGGGACAAGAACUAGCCCCAGCAGCAAGCUCUGAGGACCUAGGUAAAGCAGGAUGGUGGAGAGGGGGCUUCUUGGGGACUCCUUACAUGGCUGUUAGAACUCCUAGGGCCACACCCCGUGAGGAUGGUAAAAGUCAUAGCUCUAUAGCUCCUUUCCUAGAAAAAAGGGACAUACUCAGCAUUUUGCACUUAGCUUCAGAAGCUUACAGACUACACAGGGUUCAGUACAGGCCUUUGGGGGGAGGAGGAAGGAGACGGUAUAAGGCUCUCCAUUUUAGUGGCGCCCUGCUCCAUGGUGCUUUACUAGGCCCUGUGUCCCUGAGUCGGCUUGAACAUAGAUGUAUGCACAAUUGCAUUUUCAACAUGCAAAACAUUGGCCUAUUUACUGAGGAAAGACACUAGGUGAGUCAUCAAGCAACUACACUGCCAGGAGCAAUCAUACUGUCGGUGUUGUGACGUAAGGACACUUGGGA